UGAUGAGUGUCGAAUAUAAAUUAAAGAGAAUAUUUAAUGAACGUGCUAAAAAAGCUUACAAAUUUCACAGCAAGCACAAGGAAGAAAACAAGCUCGAUCCCGACGAUGGGAAUUCGAGUCUAUGCAGCGCCUGCAAUAUACCGAUCUUCUCGACUCCGUUCAAAUUAGAAACAGAGCCGAGAAGCGGUUAUGUGCACGACCAGUGCAGCAAUCUCCCCGUCGAUUUAGAUGGCAGCGAUUUGCACCCUUCCUUGGAACCCCUCCAGAGGCAACCCAAUCUCCACAAAAGCAGAUGCUCAAAGUGCAACGCCGUUUGCGGGGAUGUGUUGUACCGUUGUUGGGACAAGGAGUGCAAUUUCCAGCUCGACGUGACGUGCGCUUGGACGGUCAAGAUCAUGCACCGGAGCCACGACCACAGGCUGACGGUCAUCCGGUGCUCCGCAGGCUUUUUCUGCCAGGCGUGUGGGACAGAGCAUCGGCCGAGUCUGUCGUGGGCCCGGCCGAUGCCUUUGGUCUACGUAUGCAAUGCAUGUGAUUUCUGGCUGCAUCCGCACUGCGCUGCGUUGCCAAAUGCAAUCCAGCACGAGCGCCACCACCACCCACUUCUUCUGAAUUACAUGGCCAGAUCGACGUGGGACAGGUGCGCGAUUUGUAGCACCGCUUGCAAGCGUUGGGGGUCUUAUUCGUGCCCUGUGUGUGAUUACAAUGUCCAUAUCAUGUGCGCCAUCUCAAAUGACCAGAGUUUCAAACCAGCUUGAUGCCUGACGCAAUCACGCACGCUGCCCAUGCAAAGACGCACGUGCUCCACUCCUCGUACAUAAGCCCAACAGAUAAUGAGGUAGCGGCGUGCCGCUGCUGCAACCGAUUUCUAAGCGACAUAUCUUACAACUGCACGACAUGCCGCAAUUUCAGCAUACACGCCACGUGUAUGACCCGCAUCCCCUGGAGCUCGUCACAGCCCCACCUCCUCACGUGAAGACGCAGAUAGAGACCUUCUGCGAUGCCUGUGAGCAUGGCCUUGACAGCACGCAGUGGUACUACGGCUGCGCUGAUUGCGAGCAGGCGUUCCAUGUGAACUGCGUGCCGUGCUUAGCUCAGCUAUCUUUCAUCAAUUACGAGAUUGCAGAGGUGCGUGUGGCGUACCAUAAAUGCCCACUCACCCUCGUCCUCGGACACAUGGUCCGCGGCCGUCGGUGUGGGCGUUGUGGGAAAGGCUAUGAGGAGGGUCGUGAUGUUCUGGCGCUCGGGUGCUUCAAAUGUUAUUUCAGCAUCCAUGUUAAAUGUUGCGACGACUACCUUAAACUCUUUAGGAGGAACUUAUACUAACAAAAUAUAUAUAAGUAUGAAAUUGUUGUACCCAAUACAAAUGCAUCCGUUGUAAAAUGAAUUUCAUUCUUUUCUAAAUAGACCAUCAUACAUUCAUGUC